AUGCAAGAUGGAAUCUAUUCUGACCCUAAAGAAAAGGAAAAAGUCUCGACGAGAUGGCCUGACUUUCGAUCGUAUGAAAUCGAAGACGGGGUAGUCUUCGAAAUUAUAGGCCAUGGCUUUGCGGACGGCGAUACGAUUACCUGUCCAUAUGGAGAAAGCAACUUCACACUACCGUCCGGCAGCAUUGUUUUUGGCAGAGCAGGUCUCGCCAAUUUGUCUUCUUCGGACUCGUCAAGCGGGUCGAGUUCGAACUCGUCGUCAGCCUUAUCCUCCGAUUCUGGUUCUUGCAACCAAACCGCAGUUGGCGCUGGAGUUGGCAUUCCAUUAGGAGUCAUCGCUGUAUCGGCCGUCUUGUGGGCCUUAUGGGAAAGGAGACGGAAGAAGAGGAUCACAGCGUUGCUACAGGACCGCCCCCAGUACGUUCCAGCGGUCCAGGCUCCUGCUCUGGCGGAACUGGAUGAUCAAGUUGUCUCUGAGAUGAUGGAUACAAGUCAGAGGACAGCAGCUAAGAAAUGA